AUGUCGACAGUCCUCAGACCACCAGAGCAGAGGGAGGAAGAGGCUGCUGGGGCCAGUCUAGUAGUUCGGAAGGAGAGGGGAUCGGUGGAACGCUUGGCAGGACUCUUCUCUCUGCCACAGGAAGAUGGAAAGGAAGCGAAGCGGCAGUCGCGUCUUCUGGUGUCGAUGGCAAGAUCCGAAGCGGAAACUCUGGUGAAAGAUUAUCUCAGCCAGCAAGGUUCUCCAUUCUCGGACAACGCCAAGCCUCCAACAUUGAUUAUAGAUGAUCUACCCGUCCUGGAUAAGACGGCACUCCCUUCAUCUCCAUGGAAACGUCUGGCCAUUAGCCUGUCUGCCUUCCUUUCUUUCAGAGGUUGGUUGGCUUCUGUCCUCGCCUGGCAGAGGUCGCUUAAUCCUAAAUCGCGGGAUCUUCUCAACAGUUUGGAUCUCUCCAGGAAUAAUUCCCUGGCGAUAAGCUCAGCCCUUGGAGCUCUCCUUGGGCAAACCGACCACCCCAGUCCAUCUUCACCAACUAUUUCCAAUGUUUUCAAGCAAAAAGUUGCAGGCUACAUGAUUUGCAAACAUUAUUGCGACUGGCUCGCACAAACUGAGAAGGACUUGGUAGUUCUUGUAGCAGAGAGCUCUGUGUAGACCUCAUGUGGAAAUCUUCUGAUGCAACUUUUGUCCUAUGCAACUUCUAGUUUUAGACCUGCCUACCUCAUUGAGGAUAAUACUUCUAGAUCAAUGCUUCCAUGUCAAGCUGUCUCAACGCAGCGAAGGA